CGAGAGCUGUAAAUGAAGGGUGAGAGGAAAUCCUAAGGAAAUGUGUGGGAUCACGCUCGGUGUUUCCUAAGAGCUCAGGCUUUAUUGACAAACUAUUUGCAAUUGUGUGGACGUUUUGAUUCGUGAGCGUACCGAUCUUACGAUACAAACCGCGGCUGUGGCGAAAGAGAAGUAAAAAAAAAAAAGGGGGUGGAAAAGAGGGGGGGGGAAAGCGACCAUUGUUAGGUCAAAAUGUCGAUUCAGUACGAGGUGGAACAGCUGGCUGACAGCUACGGGGUUGCAGACUCGUUCCCCAAAGAUUUCGGCUACGGUGAAGAGGAGGCCGACAUCGAGGACAGCCCGUCGCCGUCCGACAGCAAACCGAGAAUCCUGCUAAUGGGCUUGAGAAGGAGUGGUAAAUCAUCGAUACAGAAGGUGGUGUUCCACAAAAUGUCCCCGAACGAGACCUUGUUCCUGGAGAGCACCAACAAGAUCUACAAGGACGACAUCUCCAGCAGCUCCUUUGUCAACUUCCAGAUUUGGGACUUCCCGGGUCAGGUUGACUUCCUCGACCCCACUUUCGACUACGAGAUGAUCUUCAGAGGAACAGGGGCUUUGAUAUUUGUCAUCGAUGCCCAGGAUGAUUAUGUGGAGGCCCUGGGCAGGCUUCACCUCACCGUGUCGCGGGCCUACAGAGUCAAUCCUGAGAUCAACUUCGAGGUGUUCAUACACAAAGUGGACGGCCUCUCAGACGAUCACAAGAUCGAGACCCAGAGAGACAUCCAUCAGAGAGCCAACGACGACCUCGCAGACGCUAGCUUAGAAAAGCUGCAUCUCAGCUUUUACUUGACGAGUAUUUACGACCACUCCAUCUUCGAGGCCUUCAGCAAAGUGGUGCAGAAGCUCAUCCCUCAGCUCCCCACUCUGGAAAACCUCCUGAACAUCUUCAUUUCUAAUUCAGGGAUCGAGAAGGCCUUUCUGUUUGACGUGGUCAGUAAGAUCUACAUCGCCACAGACAGCUCUCCAGUAGACAUGCAGUCCUAUGAGCUGUGCUGUGAUAUGAUCGACGUAGUCAUCGAUGUCUCCUGCAUCUAUGGGUGAGCAUUCAUACAGAAGUA